CUAGUUUCUUCCAGCAAGUCCCUUCCGAUGACAUCAUCGUUGGCGUUUGCUUCGCUGCAGCGUUCUUGCGCAUUGGCGCGCCGACGCGGGCGUCAUCGAUGCGCGCAGGCGCGGCGGACACACCAGAGACUGCAGCAGAGCGCCGUGUCGUUCAUCCGCGACCGAAGCCUUCUUACCUGGAUAAGCUGAAGCGCGUGGGCACAGGAUCAACAUUGCCGGCGGGAAUCAUGACGGGGGUCGCGACUCAAGAGGUCGCACCACCAGGGAAUGAAGGAAAAGACGCAAAAAUGACGACGAGAGUGGACGAGCCUUCUGCUAAAUCACGCGACCGGACACCGGUAGGAGUUGUCGCUGGUGAGCCGAACGAAGAGCCCUCGUCUCCGCUUCCCCAGCACCAAGACUGUGCUAGCAUUGUUCAUGGCUCACCAGCAGUCUCAGCACCACGACCAGCAUGCGUUUCGAGUAUCCCGGAGCACGAAACAAAAUGGCGAACCUGGGCAUCAGCUGAUUCCGACAGGUCGACGUCCGCAGGAGGUGUUUAUUUCGAAGAGGGCAGGGGACAGGAUGAGGAUGAGCUGCUUGCUGCGUGCAAGACGAAAUUUGAGAAAAGUUGCGACCGGAGAAGAACCGACACAACAAGGUCUGCGUCUUGGUCCGCAUGUGCCCGCAAAAGAAUGGAGGACCAGCAACGACAAAAACUUGCCACCGGCGGGCUGGUCGUGAAAAAUGAACGUUCUGAGGAGAAGAAAACGCAAUUCGCAGAUGAAGAAGCUCCUGCUUUCACUGGACCGUGCUCAUUUACCGGCGCCAGCUCGUCUUCUUCCACGUCAGGAAAUGGACCUGAACAAUUACACAGCCAUCAGCCGCAAGAUAAAGUGCCUCAACCUCCGCAGGUGGAGGUGCAAAGUGUUCCGAUGCCGGUGGCAGUGAUGCCUGUGCCGUUUCUUGUCCCAGUACCUGUGCCCGUGCCCGCAGCAUCCGUGCUUUGCGUGUCCGCCGAUUCCCUACCUCACUUGCAGGUAUACUACGGAGCAGGCCAAAAGAUGAAUCCUAGUGAACAAGCUUUUUGUAAAAAGAACUAUGUCACCGGCGACCAGACGCAGAUUUUGUGGGGUUCCUGUUCCACUGUCCCCUUCGAUAAUUGUAACACACCGGCGCACGCGUGGUCCCGCGACAACGAAAGCAAAGAUUUCUCUUGUGCGUCAGCGAGGGAAGCUCAUGACAGGCGCGCACGAGGACACAGGCACAACCCGAACGAGAGUCACGAGCGCCACAAUGAGAUUCGUCGCGGAGCAGGAUCCUUCGCAGAGAAGCAGGAGUAUUGGAUGUCCAAGCACAAGAAAAUGCAAACGCAAUCGCCGGGAGGAGACGCAGGCGGAAGAAAACACAGAAUAGACGAGGUGGCGGUAUGGAUGUCACCAAAGCAUCAACAAUCCCCUGUGUUAUUUUCGACGUCAUCUAGUAGUAAGCCAGACCAGAAAGCUACAUCGAACCGGGCUGCGCUGGCGGGGCAGGAAUCUCAUCUUUACGCAUCGCCCUAUUAUACCGGACCGUCUGAGGCUGAGAGGAGGAAAUACAACAAGUUUUUCACGAACGUAGUAGGCAAUCAAUCGCCAGACAAGGUGAAAAAUUUCGUUUCUGUUAAGGAACACGCUCUGGCACGACAGGCUGGAAGCAAGGAAAAUGCGCGGCGAACCGGGGAGAAGGAAUUCUAUCGGGACGACGAGUGUCACCCUGACCUGUUUCGAAAAAAAAGAGGGACGCACUAUGGUGCUAGUGCCGCAGAUGCCGGCCGCUGGCGGAGUGGCAUUUUCGGAGGUGCAGCAUCAAGUUCCUCCUGCAGCAGCGGUAGCCGCGCUACGCCGUCUACCAGAACAAUUUCCUCCGGGUCCGGGUUCGGCGAACCUAGCGAGGAAACCACCUGCAGCAGCGUGUUUCUGUCCUGGCCGACGAAUGACAAAGAACUUUCUGCGAUCGAGCCCCCUACCGCGGAGGAGAUGGUCUUCGUGUUUACGCAUUUCCCCGAGCUAAUUGCGCACGUGUGGACGGACGUGGAACAGGUCAAGUUUUACUGGCGGCAUCUCACGCGCACGCAGCAGACUUUUUGGCGCUUGCCGCCCGGCGAGCUGCGGGAGGGAUGGCUGGCUAUGGCGGAGCGGGGACGUCUUGACGAAUACGAAGUAGAGGAGCUCCAGCGCGGAGUUGUGACGAACGGCUGGCGCUUGUCGAGCUUCAGUCUGGACGACUUCAAAACGGAGAGUCUGGAAUCGGACUUGCCCUUCCGCACACUGUUCGGCGCCCGAAGGGACGUUUUUGGAAGAGAGUAUUUUGGGGAGGACGGAAUUGACAGUUCAUCUUCAUCCUCUUCUGCAACCGCAUCACAAGCUGCCGCAGGCGAUUCCGAUUCCUCGUCAAGUUCUGACGACGUCGUGCCCGCCGUCAAGAUGCGUUCACAAACCUGCGGAAGCAGGAGAAACGGAGCCAAGCUACUAGAGCUAGCUGGCGAGAAGUGGGACACCGAAGAGCAAAGUUUUUCUGGCGCGGACACACAGAAUGAGGUGGGCGUCGCAGUAGAGAGCUUCUGUCACCAACGUGAUCUUCACGACGAAAAUAAGAGCACUGAGCAGGAAGUUGGUCCGGCCUCGAGAAAGCCUUUUCAACAUCCUCGAGUCGCACCACCAGCAGCGUCAACAGACGACCUUGAAGAUGACGGAGGUAGUUCUUCUAGCGCGUCAUCCUCCGAGGAUGAGUUGCUUUUUUCUAACCUAGAGCGCACUACUAGGCUGGACCUUUUGGAGUUGGCUGCAGCCGCGUCGCCGGUACUAGACAGUGAGGAGCCAAGCGCAGUAGAGUGGACGCCGGUCGUGCAAGACGGGCGCGGAAUGCAUGCAGAGUCCCCGGAGGCCUUGCUGUCGGUGUGUGGCGAAUUGUCGCUACUUCAGGACCAGGGGCUUUGCGCGCUGCAGCGAGAUUCCUUUUGCAUUUGCAAUCCGGCACCGGCUGUCGCAGGGCAAAACCAGAGUGCGAAACAAAAGGCGAUGCUCGAGUUGUCAAAACACAAAGCGAGUACAUUAGGAGGCGCCUUUCUCGUAGAUCAUCUCGAUUCCGACGACGGCUACGUACGCCGCUUGGGCCCAGAGACGUGUGACGCCGCGCGGUCUGCGACAAGUAGCCCGGACGUCCAGCGCUGCGUCCAAACAGAUGGUUCGCAUGAAGCCAGACGAGAGCAACAAACGACAGAAACACGAGGACGAGAUGAAUCAUCUAGCCUCCUACUGUAUGGUACAUCUUCAGGACCUUCUCGAUGUUUCGGAAGUGUGACUUCUUCUAUUGGGAGAAGGGGCACUAGAGUGCUCGUACAACGCGCAUCUCUUCCCAGUGCCAGUUCAUCAUCCUCCAGCAGCUCCUCCUCUCUCGACUUUGAGGAGACAAAAAAGGCCCUGCAACAAGUCUAAAGAGGCGGAAGAUGCUGUUGCAUUUCUGCUUCUUCUCGCCGUACUGAUUAUGAUCAAGCAGAAGUGUGCAGGAAGAACAAGGCACUCGUAUGAAUUCCGUUUUUGGCUGCAAGAGCAAGACUAUUGUUUAAAAUUAAGGCACACAUUUUUUUAGCAAGGAAGAAACUUUAUGUUUACGCGCGGUGCAUAACCAAAGCAGUAACUACAUACUCAGCCAUAAAGAUGGAUGCGUCCUCCGGAUACGGCUGUCUCCCUCCUUUUUUUGCCGCAAGCCCAAGAGACAAAAAGAUGUGAGUGAAGUCGAUGAAAAAAGGCGAGGGCAUGACGCUGGUUUGGUGUUUUUUGGUGUUUUUCUGAAGAAGUGACAUUCACUUGCACCCCGGCUGAAUAAAGGCGAUAUGUUCAUAGAGUCUAGCUUGAAUUUUGGAAAACCGAAAAGGUAGCGACUUUGCUUUCUCCCCGGUUUUUUUCUGAAUAGUUUGUCCUCGCAUAUUGAGUUGGUUCACUAUGUUGACUCUUGUCUUUUGAUAUCUCCGGAGAGGCGGUCCAUUAUGUAGUUUUACUCUUUGUCCUCCUAGUAAGUAUCUAUACACUUGUUGACAGCACAGACACGCUAGCGAUUCGCCGUUUUGGUAUUUCCCUCGUUUUCGCACUACCUUUUUACUGACUUGAAUAAUGAAGAACUUGUUUAUUCGGUUUAUUUGAACCUCCUUAUCCUUCGGGCAGCGGUAGAGGUUUCGUUUGGAAAGGUCCAAGCGAAGUUUCUGUGAGCCACGCCUCCACCUCUGAGACUUACUCUGACGCCGACAUCCUUGUAGUCUGUCGACACAAUGCCACUACGAAAUGAAUAAAGAGAAAAUCAUAUUUUUGAUGCGUCGGGGUAGGGACAGGGAUAGCCAUAGCUCCCCUUGUUGCACCAGAAUGGCUCUUCAAAAGAUCAACUGGCAGCUCGUGAUCAUCCUCCGUCUCUAUAUCUCCUCGCACUUGCGACGACAACAAGAGAAUAGAAUAAAGUUUGCAACACCAACAUCAAGUAUAGUAGUUCGGUUGUCAGGAGAUGUCGAUUGCAAUACUGCGCUUGUUAUUGAGCAGAAAGAGAAGUUGAAAGACAAAGAGUAUAGCAGAUCGAAAGGUCGAACGAGCAGUAUCGAAUUUUAU